UGGACCACACCUCCCACCCCCUGCAGGAUGCUCUACAGCGCUGCACAGCCGCCCCCGGAUUCAUUCCCGGUGUCUGAGGGAGAGAUGUCCUCAGAUGAAGAUAAACCAUCCAGUCCUGAUCUGCCCAAGGACUCUGAUCCGGGUAGCUCUGUUUCCUCUGAUCUGCAGGAUGAGUAUGAGGAGCUCCUCCGCUAUGCUGUUGUCACCCCGAAGCUUGACAGACACACCGGUGCUCACUUGCAGCGGCCGGGCACCUCACAUCUGUCGGAAGGGGGUCGGGCUUCCCAGAGAAAAGAGGACACAAAAUCACUGCGCCCAGCAGAUGCCGCCACUGAAGCUAAAGAUGGGAGGCAUUCCAGCAGGACUGUGAGAGCCUCACAGGUCUCCCCCUUGAUUGUUGAGCCCUCCGCACGUUUAAGAGCAUCUCAUGCUGAGGAGACGGCAGGCCGCUCAUCGAGCAGGGUGUCGCCGCUCUUCAACACUCCCUCAGACAGGUUACAGACAGUGGCUCAGAGGUCAAGGCCAAGCAGCCCGCAACCGCCCGAGUUCGAUGUGACAGAGAUGUUUAUCUCAGAGGGAAACAUCAACAAGAUGGAGAACAUUCUGGACACUUGGAGCCACAACCUGAAGACAAAUGUGCUGACUGAGCUCAGGAAGUGGAAGCUGGCCUUCAUGGAGCAACACAAGCUGGAGAUGAGGAAAGAGAGGGAGAGGUAUGCAGCCCAGACAGCUGACCUGAGGUCAGAGCUAGACAGCCUGAAGGGGCUGCUACACACAUAUGAGACUUCCAACCAGAGAAAAGAUGAGGUGAUUGGGAACCUGAGCCAGGUGUUGGACAGACACAAAGAAAGGCUUGAAAAGAUGAGGGUCUUCACCCACUGGAGAAUCCAGCACACUGAGGUCAAAGAGGAGGCUCACGCUGCUCAGGUAGCACAGCGGCACUACAACUCGCAGCUGAAGAAGAAGGUGUGGUUAGGCUGGCAUUCUCUGAUCCAGAGACACUGGAAGGUCAAGAUGGAGCGGGCUUGCCGUGCGAGGGCUGAAGAGGUCUGCACCCACCUGUCUGCAGAGUAUGAGGCCAAGCUGGCAGAGCACUGUGUGGCCAUAGAGAAGGCCCAGGCAGAGAUUCAGAGACUCCGACUGGAGCGCGAGCGCUAUGAAGAAUCGAUGAAGAAAGCCUUCAUGAGAGGCGUGUGCGCUCUCAACAUGGAGGCCAUCGGCAUGUUCCACACGACGACAGAGGGACGGCCAGUGCCACCUUCAGCUCAUGAUCACCAUGAUACUCUGCCUCCAGAGGAUGAGUCUACAUCAACUCAACCAUAUCCAUAUCCCAUCUCUUCCACACAAUUUAGUCCGGUCCACUUCGACUGCCCGGAUCCUUCCCACAGCCAGGUAGAGGAUCUGAUGGGCUCCGGGGGCCCUGUGUCGAGGGCAGAGGUCAUCCCUCCCACUACACUAGUGCACAGCUCCCUCCCACUAGGGGGCACUGCAAGCUCCCACAAACAGGUGAGCGGUCGUGUCAUCACAGCCCCUCAACAAAAGCCCUCAAAGACCGUAACGGCCCGCAUCACGGCACGCACUGACGGUGGGAAGGCUGCACGCGGCAACCUGCAGGUGAUGAGCGUGGCUCCACCCAUGAGCUCUGUGGUUGUGGAACGCCAUCAUCCUGUCACACGGCUCACGAUCGGUCAGGCCACGGCUUCCAAGUUUCCUCGCUCCUCCCAACUGGGCCAAAGCACCGGCGGACACAGAAGCUCCUCCAGAACACACAGCGGCACGUGCCACGUACACUCGAUCAAAGUGGUUGACUGAUUUAUAUCAGAUUUUAUUCUAUGAAACUAUCCAAGAAAUGGUUACCGUGGCAUUAGUUUGGAUUUGCCCUCGCUCUCCGCAUUUGAAGUGAACAGUAGAUUUUUUUUCAGCUUCCUAUCAUGAAUGUGCAUGAUGUCUUGAGCAAUAGUAUUCUUCUCAGGAAAGUGCUUCAUAGAUACAAGGAAAUGUACGCGUAAAUGUUUUUUUAUUAUUAUUCCCAGCUGGCUAGAGUUUAGAGUUACAACAUGUACAUUUAUUUCUAUGAAAAAAAUGACUGAACAGAAUCGUUUCACUUGUGCACGAUUUUAAAAUUGCAUUUAUUUAUGGUAUAAUUUUUUCUCUAUCGAGACUCACUUGUUGUUUUAAUACACCAAAGCCAUAUGUUACUGAUCAAAAUAAAUUAUUUUACUGCUCA